CCUGAAUCAAACUCCCCUUUUGACCUUCAAGCUGUCAACUUCGACUUAGAUUUCUGUCUCGGCCAUCAGAUCCUACUGGGGAGUCGGUGACUAUUCUCAUUGAGCCCAGCCCCCCCUCCGAAAAAGGUCAUGGAAGCUGCGGCCAGCUAAGGUUCUCCUCCUUUCGAAGCCCGGAUAUCGACACGAACCAAGAAGCAACGCUGCUAUAUACAUGCGAUCUUGAAACGCCACAAGCUUCAGUCCUUGCGCCAGCCACAUCCUGAAAAGCACCAAGCCACCGAACAUCGCCCGAUUCGUUACCUAUAAUCCUCCGACACAAUGAGUUCUAGCGGGGGAGAUGCGAAAUUGUUCGCAAGGGGCAAAGUUGCCGAACUGCGCCAGGAGCUCAACAGCGGUGGAAAGAAGGACAAAAACCACUCGGCCAAGAAGAUCGCCCUCAAGAAGAUUGUCGCAAACAUGACUAUGAGCAACAACGAUAUGGUGGCCUUAUUUCCAGAUGUGAUCGGUUGCAUGAACCUGCCCAGUUUGGAGAUUAAGAAGAUGUGCUUCCUGUUUCUCGUCAACUACUCAAGGGCGAAGCCGGAGAUUGCACUGAAGGCGCUGCCGAUUCUGGUCGAUGACAUGGAGGACUCCAACCCACUCGUGCGUGCUCUGGCUCUACGGACAAUUUCGUACGUUCACGUCCGCGAGUUUGUCGAAGCCACUAUUGCACCGGUCAAGCGAUUGAUGCAAGAUAUGGAUCCCUACGUUCGCAAGACGGCUGCGUUUUGCGUCGCGAAGCUCUACGAGCACGAUAAGAAGAUGGUCGAGAGCUCCGACCUAAUUGAUCGAUUGAAUAGUAUGCUUAAGGACGAGAACCCGACGGUGGUUUCCAGUGUCCUUGCCUCCUUGGUGGAUAUCUGGGGUCGCAGCGAAUCAAUCUCUCUCACCAUUGACUACGCCAGUGCCUCGAAGCUGGUCUCGAUCCUGCCAGACUGCUCUGAGUGGGGUCAAUCGUACAUCCUCGAGGCAUUGAUGUCGUAUGUCCCUCAAGACUCUGCAGAAGCGCUUUUACUGGCGGAGCGCAUCGCUCCCCGUUUGUCGCAUUCCAACUCCGCCGUCGUCCUGACCUCGAUCCGGGUCAUUCUUUACCUCAUGAACUACAUCGCCGACGAGAGACAUGUCACAUCUCUAGCGAAAAAGCUGUCGCCACCCCUAGUCACCCUUCUCUCCAAGCCUCCAGAAGUUCAGUACCUGGCUCUCCGCAACGCCAUCCUUAUUCUACAGAAGAGACCUGAAGUCUUGCGGAACGAUAUCCGUGUCUUCUUCUGUAACUACAAUGAUCCGAUCUACGUCAAAGUGACGAAGCUCGAAUUGAUAUUCAUGCUAACCACGAAAGAGAAUAUUUCCGUGGUGCUGGCGGAGCUCAGAGAGUAUGCCACAGAAAUCGACGUUCAUUUCGUACGCAAGGCAGUGCGCGCCAUCGGCAAGCUGGCGAUCAAGAUUGAAUCGGCCGCACGACAAUGUAUCGACACCCUCCUUGACCUGGUCAACGCAAAGAUUCCCUACAUCGUCCAGGAAGCGACCGUUGUCAUCCGCAACAUCUUCCGCAAAUACCCCAACCAAUAUGAAAAUAUCAUCAGCAACGUGAUCCAGAACAUUGAUGAACUCGAUGAGCCCGAGGCCAAGGCUGCCAUCAUCUGGAUCAUUGGACAAUACGCAGACCGCAUCGAGAACUCCGACGGACUCCUUCAAGACUACCUCGCCACCUUCCACGACGAAACCAUUGAGGUUCAACUUGCCUUACUGACAGCAACAGUCAAAUUCUUCAUCCAACGCCCAACCAAGGGUCAGCAGCUGGUCCCCCAAGUUCUGAAGUGGUGCACCGAGGAGACAGAUGAUCCUGAUCUCCGCGACAGAGGAUACAUGUACUGGCGCCUACUCUCCACCGACCCGGCUGCUGCCAAACAAGUCGUCAUGGGUGAGAAACCGCCGAUCAGCGCAGAGAGCGAGAAGCUGGACCCGAAAACCCUCGAAGAGCUCUGCUUGAAUGUUGGCACGCUGGCUACGGUGUAUCUGAAGCCCGUCCAACAGGUCUUCCGCUCUGCGCGGACAAGACGGCUACAGUACAGUCCGGCCCUGCAGAAACCGAAAGAAGAAGUCAGCAGCGCCGCGUGGCAGUUCCCUGCUGCCCCAGCCCAGCUCACAGCGAGUCCCACUGCGGCCACGAACCCCACUGGAUUCCCGAUGACCGGGGCGGGCGGUGGCCCCGUCGACAUGAACGCAGCCGUCAGUGCCGCGGACAAUUACUUCAAUAGCGUCGGUAGUCAGCAGAUGGCGGCGCUUGACCUCGGCGGCCGUGGGGAUGGCGGUGCCGGCGGCGGCGGCGCUUCCCAAACACAGUAUGUCGUCAACCAGAACCAACAGCAGGUCUAUCAACCCCAGUUGGCCGGCGGGGCUGCUACGGGCGAGUUGUUGCUGCUAUAAUACCAUUUUCCUUCUCAUAUCGCCGCCACCCUCCUUCUCUAGGAUACUUUUUUUGGCUUUUCCCAUCUGCUUUCAUCCUUUGAGCGAUGCCAGUUAAUCGCAGGCAGGGACUUGUGAUACCUCUUACUAUUGUUACUAUUUCAUACAUGUAUCAUUUUAACUACUGCAAAAUGUAAAGAAGGACGAAGUUGGAU